UUUCUACACGGACAUACUUCCGUGUUGGGCCACACAUGUGUUGAUUCGCGCCGUAGUUCCGGUCUAGUGCACUGUCCAGUUUUUUAUCCCAGCAAUUAGACGUCAUGUCUUCAUUGGAGGUCGUUUUGGGUUUCCUGGACGACGCGGAGUCUUGGAGGCUUCGUUCGCCGCAAUUCCCCAGUAAGGUCGGCGGCAAACCGGCGUGGCUUUGCCAGCGAGACCUGCCGUCGCUGGACAGACUGGAGUGCGAGACAUGCCGCCUGCCUAUGGCCUUUCUGCUCCAGGUGUACGCCCCAAUCUCCGGUCAGGACAGAAGUUUCCACAGAACCCUCUUUGUGUUUUGUUGUAAAACUCCACAGUGCUACACACACAACGACAGCCGCAGUAUGAAAGUUUUCAGAAGUCAGCUGCCUCGGAGGAAUGAGUUUUAUUCCUACGACCCCCCACCAGAGGAUGAACCCCCCAGUGACUUGAAUCCAGACCAGAGCGUGCUGCCUGCAUCUGGAGUGAAAUUGUGUUGGGUUUGCGGUUGCCCCGGCAACAAAGCCUGCUCUCGCUGCCACGCCGUCACAUACUGCGGGAAGCACCACCAGACACUUCACUGGAAACACACGCACAAGAAGGAGUGCGGUGGAUGUCAGAAAAUGGUGGACUCUCCAUUUGUCUUCCCGGAGUUUGAACUUUUAACUGAGCCAGAGGAAGAGGACGACAAUGACAAGGGCGAUGAAGGAGAUAGCGAGAUGACCGUCACUGAGACCAGUGCAGACUCUCUCUCCUUGGCAGAAAUGCUAGCAGAGACGGACUUGGAGGAGAUGGCAAUGCAUGAGACUGAGGACAACAAAGUAUUCCAGCGCUUUAAAAAGAAGAUUGCACCUGAGCCACAGCAGGUGUUGCGUUACAGUCGGGGUGGCUCUCCUUUGUGGGUUUCUUCGCAGCACAUCCCUUCAGAUACAGAUAUCCCAGUAUGCACCUGUGGCGCCAAGCGGACUUUUGAAUUUCAGGUGAUGCCCCAGCUGCUGAACAGUCUGCACGUGGACUCCACAGGUGUCAGUAUUGACUGGGGGACUCUGGCGAUAUUCACUUGCUCGGUCAGCUGUAACAACAGCGAUCAAUACUGCCUUGAGUUUGUUUGGAAGCAGGACUUCAGUACAGAGCAGCAAAGCCAAAUUAAACAACCAUAAUAUCUCUA